UUGUUUAGGUUUUCGCAAGUAGAGUGGAAGAAACUGCAUGUAGGCCCUACGUACGUAUGCACAAUGUACGGAACCCUUGGCACGAACCUGGCCGUGGUGCGCGGUGUCUGAACUUCCCUAUUUCUAGCCAGAAUUUCCACAGGCUUUCUGCAUUUGUCGAUUCGGCUCUGCAGUCCACGGGGUGUCGGCUGCUUUGUCAGUGAUGUGACCGCGCAAAUUACACUGUUUCUGGAACGGAAAUGGUGAUUAGGGGGCCUAUGGCAGUGCGGAACAGGCGUUAUAAGCACCACGCCGUCGGAUAGAAAGUGGUCACUGAAAACUUUUCGUGUACCACGAAGAUCAAGCCAAGCCUGCUCUCGUUGGUUCAUUACAUGUAGCCUAUGCCAUGACAUGUGUUUAUCCUGUGGCAAAGGAAGUCAGCCCGAUGACGAGGUCUUCACUUCUGCUCUGCUUGCCGACGUAAAUGAAUCAUGGAUUCGUGUUCGGGUUUGACGUAUAGGCCAUGUGUACGUACUAAGUGACAGUGCUUUGGCGAAUGUAAAGUUAAAGGCAGUGUCAUUGAACUCGCUUAAGAGAUAAAUCAUCUGGUAACUGUGAAUCAGUGGUUGUUAUGAAUCUGAUUUCAUGACUUUUACUUCUGUGAUACAUCAGUGAAUUGUUACUUUCACCACCCACAUUCUCUUGUUAGUAAUAUGUAGUAAUGACCAGUCUGUGCCCAUGACGCUAUGUACUACUACUAGUUUAGCUUCAUUCAAAUACCAGUACCUUGCUACCGAUUUGGGUCAAAAAACUGAGGCCAGUAGAGGGAUGGUUGUUUAUACGGUUUGUAUCCACUCAUGCCAGUGUGUACAGAUAAAUGACAAGUGAUCACGAUGCAGCUGAUUGGUGCUUCGGUAGGUUGCAGCAUUGCAGGUGCAGGACGUAUUAUUAAUCAAGGUAAAUAAAACAUGUUUAGGUGAGCGGUGUUCCUGCAUGAAGAGUACGUUGUACAUUUCAAUGUGUGGAGCGACAGUCUUCAUUGCAGUUGUGAUAAUACGCGGUGCUGGACAGGAGACUGAUCUCCAUUGCUAUCGCCAUGUGCUGUGCUGACGGUAAACGCUUGGCCUGUCUGUGGUCGGAGUGCCUCCACUGGCGGAUGGCGUGGGUGUGCGUCGUGCUGUGGCCUUGCUUGCUGCUGUGCCUCGUGGGCCAGGCAGGGAGCUUUGAACCGCGGCCGCGCUUCCCGCAACUGAACAGGCGAGGUAUGCUGCCUGCCCUGAUGGGGAAAAACCGGGGGCCCAGGCAGGGCUUGGAGAAGGGCGCCCAGGUGGCCAUGCCGCAGAAAAUGGCCAUGCCCAAAAAUCCGAAAAUGGCCCAACCUGGGAGGAGAGUGCCUCCUGAGCAGCCCCGGGUCAGGUACGACCACGUCCUCACCAGAAACUCGGAGGAGACGCGUUACAAGUGGACCGAGAACCAGCGGGCGUUCUUCACGUGCCCCAGGGACAGCUUCAUCGCCGAAAUUUCCUACCGCUUCGACGCAGUGCAGUCACAGCUGGUCAAGCCAUUUGGAUGGGGGGCCAACGGGAACAUCUUCACGGUCAGGGACAAGUUCUCGAAGGGCCUGUCCCCGGAGAAGACCACCGCAUCGUUCCUCCGGCAGCCACGGAGCGGCAAAGAUGGCAUGAACGAGGCAGACGCAUUCCGAGAGCUCGUGAAUCCUCCGAUAGCUCAGUCGCCACUCACCGAAACAGGCUGCGAUCCCGUCCUUUUCUGCCUGGGACACCAAGCGUGCCUGUUCAAAGUGACUGUGGACCUGUGUGCCGCCGACCCUGUGCCCGGCAAGCGAAAGAUGUUCUUCGUCAACGUGCGAUGCGCCAAGGACAGUACAUUGUCAACUUACUUGUGGUCACGGGAGGAACCCGUCGUGAGGAAGGAGAUGGACCAAGUCAUGCACAUGGUACACGAUGACAAGGCAUCCAAUCAGUACGUUUCCCAGAUCUUCCUCCAUACGAUGACAGAAGAAGAGAUUUUUGGCGUGGACUGCCCCAAAACAAGUCUAGCUCUACGUCAUGGGUAUGGCGGUUGGUGCACCUUGAACUCUCCACCGCAGAUUGAAAUUGCCAACUACCUCUGGCCCAUAAUAGGAAGGGUUUCUGAGAGUUCUUGCAGAGCAGAGCUAGUGGAAGCCUACUGUGCCUACCAUUACAACACCAGUGGGGGAUGUAUACCGCCAUCAUUUAUAGACAAGCCCAAAGACGGGCACACCUUAAAACCAGGCGACAUGCCGUUCAGCUUCAGAGCCAUUCCCAAGACAGGCAGCCGGCCAGACAUGAGCGAACACGAGAAAGUGUUGUCUGACCCCAAAGUUAACCUGGUUCCGGCCAAGAUCGGGUUCCUCAUUCUUGCUCACAACAAUCCGGACGCAGUGGAGCAAUUGCUGAAGGCCGUCUACCGACCGUACUUUUUCUACGUCAUCCACGUAGACCAGAGGGCAGACGAAGUCAGACAGGCGCUCAGGGAGAAAGCAGAGCAAAUUGGGUUUUCCCAUCAGAACAUCCGAGUUCUUCCAAAGGAGCGCUCGUUUGUGGCCUCCUGGGGCUCCUACGAAAUCGUCCGAGCUGAAUUGGAAGGUUUUGAGGAGUUACUCAGGAUGGGGGUCUGGGAUUUUGUCAUCAACCUGAGUGGAUCAGAUCUGCCAAUCAGGGAUGUGGACGACGUGGCAGCCAUGUUGGCAUCGGCCAGAGGCUCCAACUUCAUGAGGCAGAACGGCAACUGGAACGACCGGUCGGACAAGCCCACGGACUUCACCGUCUGGUAUGGCUGUGGCGGGCACGUGUACAAUGUCUCCACGCGGGGGAGAAGGCCAGCAUGGACUGACAUGCACAGUGCUUCUCAGUGGGCCAUCUUUUCAAGAGAUUUCAUCAACUUGGUGGUCAGCCAUAAGCGGGGGCCCAAGAUGGACAGCAUCCAGUUCUUCAGCAUGACCAGCAUUAUCCCAGACGAGUCCUUUAUGGCAUCCAUGCUCAAGAUCUCACCUUACAGGGAGACGUAUGUUCACUAUAACCUGCAUCACCUGAAGUCAUUUGCUCGCAAAGACGAUCGCGGUUUCUGUCGUCACACAGAAGAUAUUGAUUUCUGUGGACAGGGCCCAGGGACCUUUGAGGCACAGGACAUCGACACGAUAGGCAACUUGGCCCACGUUCUGUUUUUCGCGCGCAAGUUUGAUGCCUCCGUCAACAACCCCGUCCGGCUGUUUGCCCUGGAGCUGAGCUCGGGGAAGUACUACUCAGACCUCUUGAAGGCACACAUCAGCGAGGAGUUUGUGAGGCAGUUGGUGAAUCUGGCCCUGCAGUCAGAGUACGGCGCCCUCUACACCUCAGAGGUGGAGGUGGAGGAGAUCCGAAAGUUGCGUAUCAUCCCUCAGGUCCUACCGUUAGACCCCUGCUGCCGUCCCGUUUACAACACCAAGAAUCGGCUGGUCAAGGACCUACGCUACUGGAUCGACUUCUCCCUGGUGGAAAUUAAAACUGGUGAGAGAAGAGUUCUGAGAGCUUCAUUUGUUCCACAGAGUCGAACUCAGUGUUUCAGCCGAGGUCACAUCAAAGGAUUAUAUCUGACGACAAAACAGGGCGAAUCGGGGAAAACGCAAGUGAAAGGAGGGCUCGCUCAACCCACGGAGGAGGCAGGCAGUGCUUCGCUCUACAUGGCUUCAUUCAUUAAUAUUAACGAGAAGAUCAUGCAGGCACCAGCGUGCAACGAGGUGGAAGGUCUUCCGGAUGACAGUUUUGAGGGUCGCUCCCCGGACAGCUUCUCCUAUGCCUCGUUCCCUUUCAACACCGAUUCCAAGAAGCUACACUUCAACGCUAGCCUGGUGGACCCGCAGGGGGAGAUCAAGUGCUUGGUAGAGGUCAUCAUCACUUGGAAGACACCCCACGCCUCUGUACAGAAGUCUGACACUGUGCGGUACAUGAACACUCUGAACUGUGGUCCAAUGGAGCCGGGCCUGUGGACACUGGUACUGUUUCAGAGAGGAGUCAAGGAACCGUUCCCUUACACAGUUCAGAUCUUCCUGACGGAGCCCAAGACACAGGGAUGGAUGGAUUUCAAGAAAAAGGAUACCACAAGAGAUGAGCUUCACGGAAUCUGGAUGACAGAAGACAUACGAGAACUGAGCGAGGCAGAAAUCAAGCAGGGUGAUUACGCUAUGCAGAAAGUAAUCGCGGACAGCGAGGAAAGGGGCGAGGGUAUCAUCGUGAACCAUGCCAACAGCGACCCGGGUGCCGUGGACGGACGCUUUGACCGGUUCGGACACGAGGCCGACUACGACAAAGCCCAAGGAGAGGGCAACUCCUUGGACCGGUCGCGCCUGCAGCAGCAUGCCAAGCAGCGACCCCGUGAGGGAGACGACAGCGAGGACCGAGCUGCCGAUGAGGGGGCCGAGUACCAGGAGCGGGUCUUUGCCGCCCCUGACGACGAGCUUGACGUUCCCCGGGGCGUGCAUCGGCGGCAUGGCCACCUGGACGGGCUGAAGGCACCCCCGCAGGAGGGGCAGAACCCUGAUAAAGACCCCAUCCCAAACAGGGCAAGGGGAGAGGCUGCUGAGCCCCGCGUGGACCCUCAGCCAUUUCCCAAGAAACCGAUCCGAUCUGUGGAUGGUAAAGACAUUCUGGGGCGGCAUUUGAAAAACGACCCGGGGCUUCUGCAGAUCAAACAAGUGGAUGCCAUUCCAAUUUUUAACUUGUACGGUUUCCUCAGAAAGCAGUCUCCAGCUGUAACGUUUUUGGAGUUUAUAGUUAUAUCAGCCUUAAUAUUUGUUUUUAUAAAAGGGGUUUUAGUACCACUCCACAUCGUCAAACGAGGCAGUGGGGGCAUCAAGUCCUUCGGCACAUUCCUGGUAGUCAUCACAUUAAUCCAAUUUAUCAUCUACCUUAUCUUCACCAUGACGGAGGCCAGCUAGUACACCGUGACGCUUCGCCUGUGACCUUUGACCCAUCCCCGAUCUCUUAACCUACCAGUCACAGUUUGCAGCUUGGGCAUCAAGGAACCUUGAUUCCUUCUCCCAAGGGGGUUGUUUUCAAUAGUGUGAAUGACCCCUGACCCUUGACUUAUAGCAUCUGAGUCUAGUAAUCCGGUCAGCGUUAUCGCCUGUCUUUUUGUACAUCACUGUUUGUACUUGGACAGAUUUACAUUGUAUUUUUGUAUCAAAGACAGCAGAAUGAUCUUAAGCACAAUUUUCCACUUUUCCAUUUCACUGUUUGUUUGUUUGUUUGCUUGUUUGUUUGUCCUGAGACUGCUUACUAAAAGUGCACUGCUUCAUUUCCAAUUUAGAACAGUCCGUUAAUAGUAAUAUAAACAAUGCAUACAUAAUUAGUUUUGGGAUUCACCUGCAGGUUUUUCCUUUACAUAUUGAUCAAAGAUCAAUUUUUGGGGAGUAUGCAAAUUGGGUUUUUUUUAAUUGUGAAAAGAAAAAGUAUGCUUGAAGUGUGGAUGAAUUCAGAGUGUGAUGUUAGGCAUACUUUGAAUUGUACGUACUAAACCUGAAGGAGCAGAUUGCUUUUUCGGGUCAAAGCACUGGCACAUAGUUUGAUUGCCUGCCAAUGCAAAACUUCCCAGGACAGUUGGUAACCAAAUCAUGCUGUAAUUAAAUCAUUAUUGUGAGUAUUAACUGUUGAAUUGAAAAAAUUGGCACUCUCAUUGUGAAUUCUUAUGCAAAGAUUUUUGUUGCGAUUUUAUUUUGGUCAUUUAUGCAUAUCGUAACCCACCAAAGUUUGUUGUAUUUUUAAAUUAAGAUUAAGAGCCAGUGGGUCUGUCUUCUGUCUGUCAGCGAGCUUUUUUUCCUGUUUUUUUUUCUUUUUCAGUGAAGCGUGGAGAAAAGCAUUUUAGUAAAAGUAGCUGUCGAUUUAAAAGAAAAAAUUGUACAUAAAUAUUGUGCCAAAAAUACAUCUGUACAGAUUUGUCAUAUUUUAUAAUGUAAGCAUGACAUCUUUGACAGGAAUGAAGUGCUGUCAUUCCUUUAAAAGAAAGGCCAGUUUGAGGAGAAUUUGGCAAGAGUGGCACUCGACCCCCUUGCUUCUGGUGACGGCUACAUCCCAGUGUUAUGGCUGCUGCUGUGGCUGCAGCGACUUCCCUUAGGGAUGCCUGUUAUUCCCAGCCAAAGCCAGUUGAUUUUGACAAAGCCCAAAUACUUUUUUGAGAUUAACCACUUAAUACCAGGUGGAAUUUGCACAUCCGGGAUGAGUUCCCGGGCGAUUUUCAAAAUUUUCCGUUUUCAAAAUUCUUCACAAAUUUAUAACUUAAUUUACUGAACAUUUACACCCACACGA